GACUCAGGUCACUGACUUGUAAGUCUAUGACUUUCUACUAUCUUAUCUUGUAGCAAAAAUAGAAGAAUUGGAGUUCUAUGGCCCCUUCUAGUGCUUUCAUCCUAUGGGUAUUUAUAAUCAUCUUUCUGAUUUAGCAUGCAAAUGCAAUCAAAUGUUUAAGAAUUACAUUGCUGACCAGAAAUUCAACCUGAAGGCUCUAAUUAAAAAUAUAGAAAAAAUUUCUUUGGAUCUGAAGAAGAUGGAUGAGCUCACCAAGUUACUUCUGUGCGACCUUAUUUUGCAUUUUAGUCACCCUAUGAAGACAGUUACAGCAAAAGUAGAAGAAAACAACAUUGUUUCUGAAGAGUUUAAAAUAUCAGAUCAAUUAGAAUUAGUUCCUACUUUGAGCAAUGAUGUCUGACAUGUUAAAAGGCAAGAAUUUCCCAUUUGUUUCCAAAUUGUUAAAUUAUAUGUAUAAAGGUAAUUGAAGAAUUAAAAAAAAUGAGGCUGUUAUUAAAAUUUUUAUUAAAUGUUAACUGAUUUGGAAAGUUUGUG